AUGCUGCGGUUUAUCAGCCAUAUUCCUUGUCCUCAGCCGGAUCCUCCUCAAGAUGAGAGUCGUGUACAACGGAUGGCCACUUCCAGCCUCAACUUGGCGAAGGAAUCCGAAGGGAUGGAUAUACUUUCUCCUCUCAAGGAAGCACUUAAGGCAACAACAUCAAUUCUCGAAGGUAUCCAAGCCAUCGACGAUAAUCAAGAAGAGUGGAACGACUUAGCGCAGUGUCUAGUUCAAUAUAUGACUGCAAUUGAGAAUCAAGUCGCCUAUCUCGAGAAAUAUCCCGAAGGAGAAAGGGCGGUAGACGAGACGCUCAGUCGGCCACUCACUCGCUAUGUGGAGUUACUCGAGGAUUUCCAUGGGAAGAUUACCAAUCAUAGGCGUAGGCGCAGUCGCCUCGCAUUUACUGCUAUGACUAAAGUAAAGCUUGAUGCGGGAGUGGUUCGUAAAUUCAAUCAUGACGUCGAGCAUCAGCACAAUCAAUUCAUGCACUCAUUGUGUCUUUUCACCGGGCAACGCGUUCAAAUGAUUGGACGAAGCACCAAAGCGUCGUCGAGUGACGCGCAGAUUGACAUAAAUUCCAUCCUUCAGCUACCAAUGGUAGCAUUCGUCGCAUCUUCGGUCCACAGGACAUGUUUGCCCGGCACGCGUCAGGCGAUACUUCAGGUGAUAUCAAAUUGGGCCGCGGAAGAUAUCUCAAGGACGCCGAUAUUCUGGCUUUGUGACAUAGCGGGGUCUGGCAAAUCCACAGUCGCAAUGUCCGCAUCGGAAUUCUGGCAGGCACAGCGAGUCUUAGGAGCCCAGUUCUUCUUCUCCUUAGACAGCAGCGAGUGUUCUAGCACAGAGAAAUUCUGGUCCACUAUAGCCAGAGAACUUGUGCAACGAAUGCCCGAGCUAGCGCCACAUAUUGCUGAUGCCGUGAAACGCAAUCCUGCUAUUAUGCGGAGCCCCUUUCACGACCAGCUCCAAGAACUCGUCAUCAAUCCACUUCGACAUCGAAAAAAUCGCGUUAUUCUCGUCAUCGAUGCCGUUGACGAAUGCAAGUCCGAAAUGCAGAGAAAGGAGCUUAUGGAAAGUGUCAUUAUGGCCGUUCGUGGGAGUCAAACCCUCAAAAUACUCAUCACCAGUCGGCCAGAUCCCAUCAUUGAAGCCACCCUCGGGCCGUUCAUGACCAAGGUGAAGAUGAAAGACCGCCUCCACGACAUAGAACAUCGCGAUAACAUUGACGACAUUGCGAACUAUGUACACCAAUCACUGGAAGGUGUGUUAUCGCCCGAGAAGAGGAGACGAUUGGUCCAAAAAGCCAAUGGACUGUUCAUCUGGGCUAGCACUGCAUGUCGAAUGCUCAAGAGCACAACCUCGUGGGAGAAACCUGAGAGCACAUACAGCCGUCUGAUCUCGGCCGAUCAACCUGGAGACAUUGAUGAUGUAUACGCUCUUAUCUUUGAGCGUACAGAUCCAAAGUUCUACACAACCAUGUGUAGCACGCUUGCUCUACUCCUUGCGACGUUCGAGCCACUCACAGUCGGCGAAUUAGAUGACCUUCUAAGGGAUAUAGGGAUCCGCGGGAGUGCCGAGGCGUUGGUACGCAACCUGGGAAGUGUAAUCACCCAGGAUCCGAGUACAAAUUUGGUCUACUUCCGCCAUCCCACCUUCGUCGAGUACCUUCGGCGUUGCUGCAUUCCUUCCGCAUUCGAUAAUGGGAGCAAUAUCUAUAUCGACAUAGCAAAAGCACAUGGUCAACUGGCGUGGUGGUCUUUCAAAUACCUCAAGUCGCGGACCGAAGGACUCAGGUUCAACAUAUGUGAAAUCGAGUCGUCCUUCCACCGGAAUAGCGAUAUCCCGGACCUCGAGGACAGAGUUUCGAAGUCUAUCUCGAGAGAACUUCGAUAUGCGAGCCACCAUUGGACGUUCCAUGUGGCCAGAACCGACGACAAAUGGAAACGUAACCUGAAGAACGAACUCCAGCACAUCAGUAAAGCUCCAUAUGCGCUGUACUGGAUGGAGAUUCUGAGUUUUACUAAGGCGUUAGCCCGAGGGAUAGCCGGCCUUCGAGCUGUUGCACAUUGUACAGCCAUUGAAGAGGAGACGAAAGAUCGCUUGAUCGAUGUUCGUCGAUUUAUGAUGGCCUUUUCAACACCCAUCUGUGAUAGUACUCCACAUAUCUACUUAUCGGCCCUGCCAUUCAGCCCUAUCAAAUCCAUGCUGCAUAUAGAGGGCCUCAAGCAGUUCCAAAAUACUCUCAGCGUUAUCAAAGGUCUGGAAGAGCAGUACCGUGAACUACCAGAGGCUCUUGAAGGACACCAAGGACCGGUUUUGGCCACCAUAUUAUCACCAGACAACUCCAUGAUCGUUUCUUCUUCGGGAGACAAGACUAUUCGGAUGUGGGAUGCUGACACUGGCCUGCCAUUAGGAGAACCGCUCCGAGGUCAUGAACGCUGGAUCAGAAGCAUCGCAAUCUCACCUGACGGGUCUCGAAUUAUCUCCGGUUCAGAUGACAGUACGAUACGAUUGUGGAAUGCAAACACUGGCCAGCUGUUGGGGGAGCCACUUCGGGGCCAUGAGCUCGCAGUCAAUGCCGUGGCAUUCUCUCCAGACGGCUCUCGAGUCGCCUCUGGCUCAUCUGACACAACUAUAAGACUGUGGGAUGCGGGCUCUGGCCUGCAGUUGGGGGAGCCACUUCGAGGCCACCAAGCGUGGGUCAAUGCGGUCGCAUUCUCGCCGGACGGCACCCAAAUUAUUUCUAUCGCAGACAACGGAAGGAUGCUAAUGUGGGAUGCGGACUCUGGUCGACUGCUAGGAGAAUUACCCCAAGCUCCCAACACUCGUGGCAUCACAGUAGCUGUAUUCUCACCAGACGGCUCUCAUAUUGCUUGUGGCUUGGGGGAUGCGACGAUACAAUUGUGGAAUACGUGUACUGUUCAAUCAUCGGGACAGCUCUUCCCCCGAGGGCACAAAGAUCCCAUCAAGGCAAUUGCAUUCUCGCCGGACGGCUCUUGGAUUGUUUCGGGUGACCGCAUGGGGACAAUACGAUUGUGGAAUGUAGAUACUGGCCAGAUGCUGGGAGAGGCACACCGAUGUCUCGGCUGUUCCAUUACCCGCGCAGUUUUCGAUGGGAAUCACGCUCACGUACAAGAGCUCCCAUUCCACGGUCACAGAGCUAUUAUAAAUGCCAUUGCUUUCUCAUCAGACGGCUCACGUGUUGUCUCUGGUUCAGGGGACCAGACGAUUCGAAUCUGGAAUGCGGACAAUGGCCGAGCUCUAGGAAAGCCACUCCUAGGUCACAAAUCGUCGAUCUGUGCCCUUGGAUUCUCGUCCGACGGGUCGAAGAUUGUUACUAGUUCCUACGGCUGCACAGUUCAGCUGUGGGAUGCACAUACCGGUCAACCGCUAGGAGACGCGCUUCGCGGCCAACCGUUAGAAGACCCUCUUCGAGAGCAACCCCUAGCGCAACAACUUCGCGAACGCCAGGGCCGUGUCGAAACAUUGGUUUGCUUGGAAAAUGGCACGAUAUUAUUUCCUGACUUGAGUGACGAAGCAACUCAAAUCCGGGAUUUAUACACUGGCGAGCCAUUAGGACAGCCCCUCCGAGACCAUACACGUUGGAGUUAUCUCAUAGCAUCUUCCCCAGAUGGUCGAUACAUCAUCUCUAGGUCUCUUGGUAAUGCGAUUCGAGUGUGGGACGUAUAUACUGGCUUCCCAUUCGGGGUACCAGUGCCAGAUCCCGAGCGGUCGAUUAAAGCAGUCGCAGUUUCAAAAGAUGGCUCAAAACUUGCACUUUGCCUGGGUAAUGGCACGAUUCGGCUCCAGUAUGUCCGCACUGGUCAGCAGCUAGGCGCGCUUCUCCAAGUGCCCAACGCUCGGAUGACCGCUGUCGCAUUUUCAGCGGAUAGUUCGCGCAUAGUCUCUGGCUCAUCUGACCGGACUAUCAGACUUUGGGAUGCGGAUACUGGUCGGGCGCUGGGAAAGCCGAUCCGAGGCCACCAGGCGUGGAUCGAUGCCGUGGCGUUCUCUCCAGAUGGCCUUCGAAUCGCUUCUAGUGCAAGGGACCAUACGGUUCGGAUCUGGGACGUGGAGAAUGAUGUGAGCUCAAACGAGACCAGCAUGCAAUGGAGUGAUUCAAAUAUCAUUUCGACCUCGCCAGAUACUCCGUUUAGAAUCUCCGUACCUGGAUUCGAAGAAUGUUCACUUUCGCAGGACGGCUGGGUUCAAUCAUCCGGGAAGCUUCUCUUCUGGGUGGGGAACGAUCUACCUGUCCGACGGUUCGCCUCUGGUCUCUUUGUCUUGGACCUGACGUCGACCACGAUGGCCGGUCGUAUCAAGGCCAUCGACAAGUCAUCUGUACACCGGAUAACGUCCAGCCAGGUUGUCGUAGAUCUUCAAACGGCGGUCAAAGAGCUCGUUGAAAACGCGUUGGACGCGCAUGCGACGUCGAUAGAAGUCAGAUUCAAGGAGUACGGUCUCGCUGCGAUAGAGGUCAUCGACAAUGGAACAGGAAUUUCGCCAGAGGAUUACGAGGUCGUCGCUCUGAAACAUCAUACUUCAAAGCUCUCCAAAUUUGAGGAUCUCACAACGGUUGACACAUUUGGCUUCCGCGGAGAGGCCCUAGCGUCCCUUUGUGCACUUUGUGAUCAUGUUACGAUCACAACGGCCACGGAAGACUCUGCUCCAAUGGGAACAGUUCUCCAACUUGACCGUCAAGGACGGGUAGUCGAUCGCAGUGGGCGUAUGGCUCGGCAACGGGGAACGACGGUCGCCCUCUCAGGCCUCUUCAUGCCUCUCCCAGUCAGGAGAAAAGAGUUAGAGCGCCAUGUGAAGAGAGAAUAUGGCAAAGCACUCAAUCUUCUGAGCGCGUAUGCGCUCUUCCCCAGUCUUGGGAAACACGGGAUCAAGCUGUCAGUUUUUCAUAUAUCAGAGAACGGAAAGCGACAAAGUCAGAUUCAAACAGACGGCUCGAACAGCCUUCGGAACGCCAUUUCUUCUCUAUGGGGAUCCAAAGGUUCGGAAAACACCGUGGCCCUCUCUCUUGACCUCCUCGUGGCGCAAGAUGCCGCGACUCUGAAGAAACGGGGCCUACCGAUGGAAGAGCUCAAGAUCAACGUCUCUGGGAUCGUCUCCAAGUUUGCCGUCGGAUGUGGCCGUUCUAGUAGUGACCGCCAAUACUUCUUUGUCAAUCGACGACCAUGCAACCUUAGCAAGGUCCAAAAAGCGGUUAACGAAGUCUAUAAAACGUUCAACGCGACACAGAGCCCUCUUCUCAUUCUCGACUUUACAGUACCCACUGCCGCCUGCGAUAUCAAUGUCAGUCCUGAUAAACGCACAAUCUUUGUUCAUGGUGAGCAGAAUCUGAUAGAGUCACUCAAGGUGGCACUCUCGGAUCACUUCCAGCCUAGUCGCUCUACCUUUUCAGUCGCUGAGUUACCUGAAAGCAACAUAAAUAGGCGUUCCUUGACGACGAAACAUCUCGAAGCGACACUCGCUCCUUCGUCUAGUCCAGAACGAUCAAUCUCGUCUGAUCUCAUACCUCAGACACAGCCCAAUCCCUUUCCUCUUCCCCAGUCCGACUCUGACCCUAUUGCGAUCACCGAACACGAGGCACCGAAACCAAACCCGUCAAAAUAUGAAGAUGACGAGGUCCUAGCCAGCAACCACACCACAUUUCCAUCAACAUCGAGACAAGGUUCUGCCCCAGAAGCUGGCCGGCACAGCAAGCUCGCAGGGACAAGGUCUCGCUCCCAAUCUCCUGAAGCCGAAGUGGUUUCCGAGAAGCGCACGGUACAAAUGGUUCUUGACACGACCGGUGCCUCCUGGUCUAUGAAAAAGACUGCCCCCCGUGGUCCCAAGAACGGGGUAGUUGGCCAACCAUUCAGACAUUUGUCGAAGCGAGCUAGCAACCUGGGGGAUCAACCGCGCGAAACUACUCUGGAAGUAGAGGAAGAACAACCUCUUCCUGAAAUAGCCAGUUUAAAGCCAUUAACCACGGACUCAACUAAAGUGGUCGCCGGCAGGCUAGUUCUAUCCAGCGACGAAGAAGUGUCUAUUGAGUACACCCGACCCCAACGCCUGAAGCGACGACGCUCGAGUGCAAUGUCGACCUCUUCCGAUGCCAGCCUGAAGAAGUCUACAGCUCCCAAUAAAGUUACUAGUGUAACACUCCCGCAUCCUAUGGGAUCGAAGUUAGGCCCUGUGGAAAAAAGCGGAGGUGAAGAGGAUAUAGUUGUGGCCGAGGAAGUCGUAAAAACAUCGAAUACGGUCGCACUCUCUAUAUCUGUCGACAUAGAGCGGAUAGCCAAUCUAUGGGGCUCACCAACCAAGGUCUCGCGCGGCGAGCGAGAAGAUGGGCCGACCUCUCGAAUGGACGUCGACUCUAUCACUCAAUCGGCGGAGACGAAUCCAAGUAACGAAGAAGAGUUGCUCUCCCGGGUCAUCAACAAGGCAGACUUUGGUCGGAUGGAGAUACUUGGCCAAUUCAAUCUCGGCUUCAUCGUUGUUCGUGCGCGAAGAAUGGAAGAUUCGAUGGACGACUUGUUCAUUGUCGACCAGCACGCUGCGGACGAAAAAUACAACUUUGAGACGCUACAGAUGACAACUCGAAUUGAGUCCCAGCGUUUGCUCAGACCGAGGCCUUUGGAGCUAUCUGCGGCUGACAAGAUCGUCGCCCUUGAGAACCUUGAUAUCUUGCAGAGUAACGGUUUUGAGGUAGUGGCCCAGAGUGGGUCAGAGGAAGUGAUCAACAGCGAUUUACUACUCGUGUCGCAGCCUGUCAGCAAGUCAACAGUCUUUGACCUGUCUGAUUUAUCAGAGUUGCUUCAUCUGAUGCAAGACAUACCAAAAGGAACGAUGGUGCGAUGUACCAAGGCGCGAGCCAUGUUCGCGUCUCGCGCAUGCCGGAAAAGCAUCAUGAUCGGUGAUCCCCUCACCAUCCCACAGAUGACUGCUGUUGUUCGACAUAUGGGUACCAUGGAUCAGCCUUGGAAUUGCCCUCAUGGGAGGCCAACGAUGCGGCAUAUGUACCGCAUGGACUCUGCGAAGAAGACACUAGGCGUCAAAAGGGAGAGACGAGUAAACUGGUCAAAGUUACAAUGA